AUGUAUGAUGGAACCAAUAUCGAGAGAGCGAUGGAACCCAUUUCAUACCCUACUUGUUUCCAUCAUAGUAAAAUCAGAGCCGUAUUUGCCAUGAAGAGCAAAAGCAAUGCGAAACAAAUUAAAGCGAAACGAGAUGCGUUGGGAGACGCACGAUACGCCUCUUUCAUAUCUACAUACUCCAAUAAAAUGGAAUGCAAAUUACCAGGUGAACACAAGAGCAAACUCAAGCAAGCGGAAGAGAUCAACGACCUCCUGUUAUUAGACACACGUCGACCCCGGCCGAGACUUUGCCGACGAGAAUAUCAGGAGCCUGAUCAGGAAUCAAGAGAAGUUUGGGACACAGGAGCUGGCAAAGCAGCACAAGCGAAGAGUUUGCCGACUCAAGCAAAGCAGCGCAAGCGAAAAGCGCCUAGAGCUCCAAAGCAGCCCAAGGAGAAGAAGCCGAAGGAGGAGAAGCAGCUCGAGCAGCAGAAAAAGAUCAAGCAGCAGGCGAGGCAGAUCGAGGAACUCCAACAACAACACCAACAAACAAAUCAAAAACUACUUUCUCUUCAAACCCCCAAUGACACACAGGCGAACAGUUUCAAAGAAGAAUGGUUCGAGAAAGGAGCUAAGCAAACUAAAGAAUCCAUCGAAUGGGGGCUGACGAUCUCGGAAAAAUUGAACAGAGAAGCGGCCAAGUUAGACGCGGAGCGAGCGAAAUUACAGCACCUCCAUUACAUGGAAUAUACUCAGAGGUCUCCAGCUCAAUCGCAAGGCCAGAAACAACCGCAAGGCCAGAAUCCGACCCUGUUUCCACCUCCACAAACACCUCCGGCUCUUUUUGCACCGGCAGCACCAGCACCAGCUCCAGCUGCACUGAUGCUAGCAGCUGCAGCACAUGCACCCGCAGCACAUGCACCCGCAGCACCUGCAACCGCAGCACCUGCAACCGCAGCACCUGCAGCCGCGGCACCUGCAGCAGGCAACGCCACAGAAGAGAUGGCAACCCUGGCAGCUUCCUUGCGCGCAGGCGCCAUUACUUUUGGUGAAUUCAUGGAACACGCGAAGCGUCUAACGCAGCCGUGA